CCUCUGGGCUUCAGGGGCGGGGCCUGCCUUCAAAGCGUCAUUGGUCAUUUGUUUUCUACCCAGAAGCUCAGAGCUGCCAUUUUAGAUGCAGAUUCGUCAGUCUGUACAGAGAAUCAUUCCUGUGUCAUCUCUAGUGGGACUGUAACUCCCUCCCCUGCACUCACAUCUCCAGCCUGGGCUACUGGUUCUACAUGAAACUCUGCCCCUAAUGUGCCGGAUUCCCACAGACUGAAGCUUUACAGACGGAAUCACAGGAAGAGGAAGCCCCAGUCCCAAUGGAGGGCUCGGCCGUUCCACUCGCUGACGGGGGUGCCUCAGAGGAUAAAGCAGACAUAUUGCAGAUAAAGAUAAAGGAAGAAGAUUCAGACUUUGAAGAUCAUCUGACCACAAAAGAAAGCUCAUCAUUUGCUGAUGGGGUAUUACAGAUAAAAACAGAGAAAGAGGAGCCUGACUCUGAAGAUCCUAUAAACCCUAUGGGGAGCUCAGCGGAUCCACUUACUGAUGGGGGGCUUCUGGAGGUUAAGCUAGAAAGUUCAGAGAAUGAGAAACUGGGUUGGGAAGAUCAACUGAAUGCAAUUAACUCAGUAGUUACUUCUGACGAGAAUUUCUUUAAAGACGAGGAGAGUCAUGUCUCUGAAACCGCCACACAGUCCAGAAACCGAAAUAGUCAGACUCCAGGAACCAGUGAUAUCUCUGAGACAUUGGAUGCAGCCGUGGAGCCGUCAAAGCCAAGAAACCAGAUGCUCCUCAAGGGAGAGGAACCAAAUCCCUGCAGCGAGUGUGAGGAGCAGCUCAGUACUGAUAUACGUCUGUCUGUUCAUCAACACGAAGAAGAAAAAAAAGAAAAUUCACACCCAGAGUGUGUCAGGAAGAACUUGAGAAAAAGUUGCCUUGGCUCACGUUGGAAAAGUCACAUGGGGAGAAACCAUUCCCUUGCACGGAAAGCAGGAAGAAAUGUUUUGAAGGGGAACAUCCGUCUCUUAUAUCAGAAAAUCCACUCAACUGAGAAACCUUUCACCUGUACAGAAUGUUGGAAGACUUUUUCUUUUCAGAGCCAUCUUCUCACUCACCAGAAACUCCAUACUGGGGAGAAACCAUUUACAUGUACAGAAUGUGGGAAAAGAUUUGCUCAAAAGGGCCACCUUUACAGGCACCAAAUGGUGCACACAGGGGAGAAACCCUUCUCGUGCACGGAAUGUGGGAAGACAUUUUCAGAUCAGAGCAACCUUUCUGCACACCAGAAACGCCACACGGGGGUGAAACCAUUCACCUGCUCAGAAUGCGGGAAAAGCUUCUAUACUAAAGGCGGCUUUUCUAGGCACCAGGAAGUGCACACGGAGGAGAAGCAAUACAUUUGUGCGCAAUGUGGGAAACGAUUUGCUCACAAGUACAACUUGAACACUCACAUAAAGAUCCACAGUGCAAAGAAAUCGUUUGCUUGUACCAAAUGCGGCAAAAUGUUUGCUAAAAAAGCCGUCCUUGGGCGACACAUGGAAAUCCACAAGCCGAGGAAACCGCAUCCCUGCGCCGAGUGUGGGAAAACGUUUACUCUCGAGUUCUCUCUUCUCGCACAUCAGAAACUCCACACCGGGGAGAGCCCGUACUCCUGUACGGAAUGUGGGAAAAUAUUCACCUCCAAGCACUCUCUUCUCUCGCACCUUAAACGCCACACUGGGGAGAGAAAUUUCACUUGUACACAAUGUGGGAAGGCAUUUACUUGGAAAAGUACCCUCCAGGCACACUACAGCACCCACUCGGAGAAAAAAACGUUAAAUUGUGUGGAAUGUGGGAAAGUAUUUGUGCAUGAGCGCAGCCUGAAGGCCCAUCACAAAAUGCACACAGGGGAGAAACCAUUCACUUGCAUGGAAUGUGGGAAAGUGUUCCCUUACAAGGGCAGCCUGAAGGCGCAUUACAAAAUCCACACUGGGGAGAAACCAUUCACCUGCACGGAAUGCGGGAAAACGUUCUCUCAGAAGACCGCACUUUUGUCGCACUGCAAAACGCACACAAGGGAGAAACACUUUUCAUGUACAGAAUGUGGUAAAAGUUUUUUGCACAAAUACAGACUUAACAUACACCAAAAAAUCCACGACCGGGGCAAACUGUUCUCUUGUACGCAAUGCGGGGAAAGGUUUUCCGAAAAGAGCCAGCUCAGCCUUCACUGGGAAAUCCACAUGGGGGAUCUGUUGUGAGCUAUAGAAUGUGCAGCCCAGAGAGUAACAUUUAUUCCCACCAAAAAUUAGAAUUCCGCAUGAAGAAUGAAGGGAAAAGGUCUCCGUAAAGACAUAACGUUGGUCAAACUGUAAAUCCACUUGGGAAAAGCCCUUGGCUCUUAUAAAUAUGAGGCUGAAUCCUUACAAAGGGAGAGUCGGUGUUCCAAUCAUUGUCUGCUCAUGUGUUUAUCCAUCACUGAAGGGCUCAGGCCCAUAAAGGAUGUGUCCAAAAAUGUACUUUAUGUGCUUUAUUUUUCUUUUUUUUAAUGGCCAUUAUAACGUACACGUAGACCUAUUUCUGCAGAAUUGUGUUUAGUAUAAGAAAGUUGCUUUUGCUCCCAUUGUAUUUGGCCCCCAUGAAAAACAAAGAUGACAACACCUGAGAAUCCCUUCCAUUGCGGGUGAUACACGUAUAAUGGCGCAAAAUGUAUAAGAACCCUGCGUGCGGCUGCCCAUAGGGCGUCUAUUAGUAAAUGGUAUGAGAAGUACAAUGAUACCGGUCCAGUUGAUUUAGGUUUAGCACUGAGAGAUACCUAUGGUGACAUAGUUUUAUGAUGUUUCUAUAGACAUUGAGGUUUGAUUCUGGAUAAUUAUCUGUUGUAGCAAGAUGUAACAAGCCCAUAAUGCAGGGGUGAGCAAACUAUGGCCCGUUGGUCUUUUUAAUCCGGCCUGUCAAGGAUUGGUGUGCCUCGCUUUGUUCCGGCUCUGCAAGUCCCAUCACAUGAGACUUGGUAUCAAGCGCUGGCCCGGCCCGUCUGUCAAAUUUUAAAAGUCAAUGUGGCCCCUGAGCCUAAAAGUUUGCCCACCCCUGCCAUAAUGUCUAGGAAACCUACUGUACUUUGAAAUCAAUAAGAGAUGUGAACUGCGGUUUAUGUACAGAAUCUUGGAAUUGACAGACUUUCUGCGUUGGCUGCAGACAGUUGAACAGUGGACAAUAUAAAGGUUUGAUCAGCUUCUUGCU